UCGACCGAUAGCUUGCAGGCCGCAGGAUUCAUGGCGUGGUCAAUUCCACGGCGGGGUUUGUUCGCCGCCGCACUAGUCGUGAUGGCGAUGCAGCAUGCUGUCGCCGGCGCAGGGGUGGUUCGCCCCGAAUGCCCGGCCACAUGCGGCGACGUGGCCGUGCCGUUCCCGUUCGGCAUCGGCACCGGCUGCUACCACUCGGCCGGGUUCAACCUCACCUGCGACCGGAGCAGCGACCCCCCGCGGCUGCUCCUCGGCGACGCCGGCGCGUUCCAGGUGCUCAACGUCUCUAUCGCGAACGCCACGGUGCGCGCCGCGCGCGUCGGCGGCAUAAACAUCACCUACGGCGGCAACACGUCGUCGGCCGACGAGGGACGCGGCGCGUGGCGGGGGCUCGGAAACGGCUGGCCGUUCACGCUGUCCGAAGACCGCAACGAGCUCGUCAUCGUUUGGGGGUGCGACGUCGUCGGGCUGCUCACCGACGGCGCGAACAGCAGCAGCAACGUCAGCAUCAGCGGCUGCGCUUCCUUCUGCCCCGGCACCGGCGCUGGCGGCGAAGCGAUCUCCGGCCUUGGUACGCUGUCGCUGACCGAGGACAGGAGGUGCACCGGCGUCGGCUGCUGCCAGAUGCCCAUCAGCAUCGGCCGCGACUCCUACAACGUGCGCCUCCGCCGGCUCAAUCCGAGCCAGCCCCAGCCGCCGCCGACGCAGGACUCGACGGCGGUGCUCAUCUGUGAGCAGGGGUGGCUCGCGGAGGCCUCCAAGUCCACCCGAGCCUCCCCGCUCCCGGUCAGCUUCGACGGGACGGCGGUGCCGGUGUUGCUGGGAUGGACCAUCGCGUCGACCCCAGUCGGCGCAGACGGCGCGGCGCCGGAGAGCUCGACGUGCCCCGCCGACGCCGCGCGCAGCGCCUGCAAGAGCAGCCACAGCUCCUGCCGCAACGUCUCCAUGUCCGCACGCUCCGGCUACGUGUGCGGCUGCGACGCCGGCUACCAGGGCAACCCCUACCUCGCCGGCGGAUGCCAAGACGUGAACGAGUGCGAGAAGGCAGAGGAGCACGGCUGCUUCGGCGAGUGCAUCAACACGCCCGGAUCGUUCCGGUGUCGGUGCCCGGCGGGAAGCCAAGGCAACCCCACCCAACGCCUUGGCUGUUUCGUUCCUCCCCUUCCUCCUGCUCGUCGUUCUACAGGUUUAAGCAUCGGCAUAGGUGUCAGCAGUGCUGCAGGCCUCAUACUUCUCGUCAUCAUGGCGACCUUGAUCACCCGUAAACAUAAACACCGGAGGGCCAAGAAGCUGAGGCAGAAGUACUUCAAGCAGAAUCGUGGUCAACUAUUAGAGCAACUGGUAGCUCAAAGAGCUGACAUUGCAGAGAGGAUGAUCAUACCAUUGGUGGAGCUCGAGAAGGCGACGAACGGUUUUGAUCGAGCUCGUGAGCUCGGUGGCGGUGGGCAUGGCACUGUGUACAAGGGGAUCUUGUCCGACCUCCAUGUCGUAGCCAUCAAGAAGUCGAAGAUCGCUGUCCAAAGGGAGAUCGAUGAGUUCAUAAACGAGGUUGCCAUACUCUCGCAGAUAAACCAUAGAAAUGUGGUGAAGCUUUUCGGAUGCUGCCUCGAGACAGAAGUGCCAUUGCUUGUCUACGAGUUCGUUUCAAAUGGAACCCUUUACAGCCAUCUCCAUGUCAAUGGACCGACAUCACUGUCAUGGAGUAACAGGUUGAGGAUUGCAACUGAAACAGCGAAAGCUAUUGCCUAUCUGCACUCAUCGGUUUCGAUACCUAUAAUCCACAGAGAUAUCAAGUCCACCAAUAUACUCCUUGAUGACACUCUUACAUCCAAGGUGUCAGACUUUGGAGCUUCAAGAUGUAUACCAAUUGACCAAACAGGAGUGACAACAAAGGUUCAGGGAACCUUAGGAUACAUGGACCCAGCAUACUAUUACACGCAGCGUCUCACGGAGAAGAGCGAUGUGUACAGCUUUGGGGUGAUCCUUGUAGAGCUGCUCACAAGGAAGAAGCCAUUCUCACACCUCACACCUGAUGGUGAAGGUCUGGUUGCACAUUUUGUCACUUCAUUUACCGAAGGCAAACUAGUUCACAUACUAGACCUGCAGGUGAUGGAGGAGGCAGACAUAAAAGUAGUCGAAGAAGUAGUUGCACUAGCAGUUACCUGUGUAAAGCUGAGAGGAGAGGACCGGCCAACCAUGAGGCAGGUUGAGAUGGCCCUCGAAGGUAUUCAGGCAUCCAAGGAGAGUGCUUCAGGUCAUCUUUCUUCAGAAAAAUUUGGAGAUAGCAAUAGUGUCGCAACGGGUUUCCUGUCAGCCCAAGGAGGAAGAAGCAUGCAAGAAGGAACGAGGCAGUAUAGUUUGGAGGAAGAAUUCUUGCUGUCUUCAAGGUACCCUCGGUAGUUUUGUUCAUCUGUGUUCAUUUGAGAUGAUUUCAGUUUCCUUUUUGCCCCAAGAUUUUGUAUGUGUCCUUCUUUAGCAGAACGCCCCGAUUGUAGUUACAAACAAUGGGCCAUGCCAUGCUUGUAUUUCUGGAGAAUGAUGUUGGGCCUGAAAAUGGCCCUGUUUUAUUAUCUUGCAUUCAUGUGCU